AUGCUGUCAGCCCGGGUGGUAGAAGAGAGCAACACCACCAAGUUAAGGAAACAGGCGGCCAAGGAUAAGCCUCCCAAGAAAGCCACUGACAAUGGGAAGGACGGCAGCCUCAGCCCCACGGGGCAAAGCCAGCUCAGGGCGCAGCAGCUGGCGCUGGUGCGUGAGAUGGAGAUGAACUGGUACCUCAAACUCUGCGACCUGUCCAUCGAGGGCACCACUGCCUAUAUCACAGGCAUGCCCCACAGGAAUCUUGGAAAAUCAGGACUCAGAGUUUCUUGCUUGGGUCUUGGAACAUGGGUGACAUUUGGAGGUCAAAUUUCAGAUGAGGUUGCCGAACGGCUGAUGACGAUCGCCUACGAAAGCGGAGUUAACCUCUUUGAUACUGCCGAGGUCUACGCUGCUGGAAAGGCUGAAGUGAUUCUGGGGAGCAUCAUCAAGAAGAAAGGCUGGAGGAGGUCCAGCCUGGUCAUAACAACUAAACUCUACUGGGGUGGAAAAGCUGAAACGGAAAGAGGGUUGUCAAGAAAACAUAUAAUCGAAGGACUGAAGGGCUCCCUCCAGAGGCUGCAGCUGGAGUAUGUGGAUGUCGUCUUUGCAAAUCGACCAGACAGUAAUACCCCCAUGGAAGAAAUUGUCCGAGCCAUGACACACGUGAUUAACCAGGGCAUGGCGAUGUACUGGGGAACCUCGAGGUGGAGCGCUAUGGAGAUCAUGGAAGCCUACUCUGUAGCAAGACAGUUCAAUAUGAUCCCUCCAGUGUGUGAACAAGCUGAGUACCAUCUUUUCCAGAGAGAGAAAGUGGAGGUUCAGCUACCAGAGCUCUACCAUAAAAUAGGAGUUGGAGCAAUGACCUGGUCUCCACUGGCCUGCGGCAUCAUCUCGGGGAAAUAUGGAAACGGGGUACCUGAGAGCUCCAGGGCUUCUCUGAAGUGCUACCAGUGGUUGAAAGAAAGAAUUGUGAGCGAAGAAGGGAGAAAACAGCAGAACAAGUUAAAAGACCUCUCUCCAAUCGCUGAGCGGCUGGGCUGCACGCUCCCUCAGCUCGCUGUUGCAUGGUGCCUGCGGAACGAGGGUGUGAGCUCCGUGCUGCUGGGGUCCUCCACUCCCGAACAGCUCAUCGAGAACCUCGGUGCCAUUCAGGUUCUCCCAAAGAUGACAUCACACGUGGUAAAUGAGAUUGAUAACAUAUUACGCAACAAGCCCUACAGCAAAAAGGACUACAGAUCAUAA